GGCAGGCAUUGUGGACCGCGAUGUCAACCAUGAGGGAUGGCAGAUCUCAUGUCGCUGACAGUACUCGAUUAUCCUUGUUUGAUAUAAUACUGAGGGCCAAUGUUGAGGCAAGGCGCCAAACACAGGUACGAAGCGGUGAAGCGGAGUUUCUUUAUCAAGGUGAUAUUGCGAUGAAUAAGCGUGAUGUCGUGGACAUAGUUAAUGGUGGUGGAGCGGGAAGACGGAAACGAGCUGUGAUGAAAAAGCUUGCUACAAGAUUGUGGCAGCCUAAAAAGAUAGCUUACGUAAUAAGCAGUGACUUGGGAAAGUUUGCAAAACUAGCGAUUCUCGCAGCAAUUAAGCACUGGGAAGAUACGUUACCAUGCAUGGGAAAGUGGAGGGACAUAAACAAUCUGGAUAGUUCAAAAAGACCACGGAACUACAUUCGUUUCAUCAAAGGAGAGGGUUGUUAUUCAAGAGUGGGUCGUCAAAGAGGUCGCCAGUUGAUAUCAAUUGGAACUGGAUGCGGUUACGUUGGUGUUGUGACACACGAAAUCGGUCACGCAAUGGGUUUCUGGCACGAACAGUCUCGCACUGACAGGGACGAAUACAUAAACAUUCACUGGAAUAAUAUUCUACCAGCUAUGAGAUUUAACUUUGAAAAAUACACAUCAUCAAGAAUUGAUGAUCUUGGUGUCGAAUAUGAUUAUGAAAGCGUGAUGCAUUAUGGGCCAAAAGCUUUCUCUAAAGACGGAAGAUCAUCCACAAUUUCAAUCAAGCGCAAUAAGAAUAAGAAUGGCGUAAGAUUGGGGCAGAGAUAUAGAUUGAGCGAACUGGAUAAAAAACAAGCUCGACUUCUAUACAAUUGUAACGUCAAGUCUCCUCCAUGUAGUUCUAAUCCGUGUUUGAAUGCUGGGGUAUGUAGCAACAAUGGGGAUAGAUACACUUGCAGAUGUACGUCUGGAUACACUGGAGUAAGGUGUGAAAAUAGGGAAGGUAAACCUCUUAGCACUCUUUUACGCAUGUAUAUGGUCUAAAUAAGAUGAAAUAACUUCCAUUGCU